GGAGGCGGAGGCCGAGGCCGAGGCGCAGGGGGGCGCGCCCCGGGCCCAGGCCCGGCCCCAGCUGCCGCUGCGGAGCCCGCCGGGAGCGCCCCGAGCGCGGCCACGGCGCAGCGGCCGCCAUGGCGCAGACGCUGCAGAUGGAGAUCCCGAACUUCGGCAACAGCAUCCUCGAGUGCCUCAACGAGCAGCGGCUGCAGGGCCUGUACUGUGACGUGUCGGUGGUGGUCAAGGGCCACGCGUUCAAGGCCCACCGCGCCGUGCUGGCCGCCAGCAGCUCCUACUUCCGAGACCUGUUCAACAGCAGCCGCAGCGCGGUUGUGGAGCUGCCGGCCGCCGUGCAGCCGCAGUCCUUCCAGCAGAUCCUCACCUUCUGCUACACGGGCCGCCUCAGCAUGAACAUGGGCGACCAGUUCCUGCUCAUCUACACGGCCGGCUUCCUGCAGAUCCAGGAGAUCAUGGAGAAGGGCACCGAGUUCUUCCUCAAGGUCAGCUCCCCGAGCUGCGACUCGCAAGGCCUGCACGCCGAGGAGGCCCCGUCGUCGGAGCCGCAGAGCCCGGUGGCGCAGACGUCGGGCUGGCCGGCCUGCAGCACGCCGCUGCCGCUCGUGUCGCGGGUGAAGACGGAGCAGCAGGAGUCGGACUCGGUGCAGUGCACCCCCGUGGCCAAGCGGCUGUGGGACAGCGGCCAGAAGGAGGCCGGGGGCGCCGGCGCGGGCGGCAAUGGCAGCCGCAAGAUGGCCAAGUUCUCCACGCCGGACCUGGCCUCCAGCCGGACGCCCCAGCCGGCCCCGGUGGCGGCCGCGGCGGUGGCGGCGGCGGCGGCGGCCGGAGGUGUGAUGAGCGGGCCCAGCACGUCGGAGCGGACGAGCCCGGGCACCUCCAGCGCCUACACCAGCGACAGCCCCGGCUCCUACCACAACGAGGAGGACGAGGAGGAGGACGCGGGCGAGGAGGGCACCGACGAGCAGUACCGGCAGAUCUGCAACAUGUACACCAUGUACAGCAUGAUGAACGUCGGCCAGACAGCCGAGAAGGUGGAGGCGCUCCCGGAGCAGGUGGCUCCCGAGUCCCGCAGUCGCAUCCGGGUCCGGCAGGACCUAGCGUCUCUUCCCGCCGAGCUCAUCAACCAGAUCGGCAACCGCUGCCACCCGAAGCUCUACGACGAGGGCGACCCCUCUGAGAAGCUGGAGCUGGUGACAGGCACCAACGUGUACAUCACGCGAGCGCAGCUCAUGAACUGCCACGUCAGCGCGGGCACGCGGCACAAGGUCCUGCUGCGGCGGCUCCUGGCCUCCUUCUUUGACCGGAACACGCUGGCCAACAGCUGCGGCACGGGCAUCCGCUCGUCCACCAACGACCCCAGACGCAAGCCACUGGACAGCCGCGUCCUCCACGCCGUCAAGUACUACUGCCAGAACUUCGCCCCCAACUUCAAGGAGAGCGAGAUGAACGCCAUCGCGGCCGACAUGUGCACCAACGCCCGGCGCGUGGUGCGCAAGAGCUGGAUGCCCAAGGCCAAGCCGCUGCACCUGGCGGAGGGCGACGCCUACAGCAGCUUCAUCGGCGACUCGGGCAAGAUGGAGCCCGACAUGAUGGGCAUGGAGCACAGCUUCGAGACGGCCAGCCACGACGGCGAGGCCGGCCCUUCGGCAGAGGUCCUCCAGUAACCCGGGGUGCGGGGGACCCCGCGGUGGGGGGGGCGCCACACACACCCCUCCCGCCACUCCCGCCCACCCUGGUCACGAGCUACUGUCUGCCCCUCCCCAGGACCCUCGGGGGGCGCUGCAUGCUCCCGGCCCCUCUGCCUCCCAUCCCACCACCCCUUCCCCUGCGAGCCGGGGCCGGCGGGUGGGGGGCUGGGGGGGGGCGUGGGAGGCUCUGGGCCCCCCAGGCCCGCCCAGGGAGGGGCGGGCCUGGGGGGAGGGGGAGAACCGCUGCCCCCCCCCUCCCCAGCCCCCUGGGACUCGGGACCAGGGUUCUCAGGACCCUCCACCUCCUCCCAGUGCUUCCAGUCUCCAAAAGCGCCUUCCUAUCCCCCGGGUCCUUCCCUCCGCGGGGCAGCUGGGGGAGGGCUCCCCCACGAACCCUAGGGUGACCCCCCAGGCGGCCAGUUGUGCCCCCAGCGUGCGGAAACCCCCGCAGCCUCCGGCUCUGGGAGGGUCUCGGCGGCAGGACAGGCCUCCCGUGCCCGCGGGCCCGCGUGGGUAGACGGCUCGAGUUGAGAAAGGCGCCGUAGGAAGGGCGGUAAGACCAGGGUUGGGGCGCCCGGCCCGCCCGCCCGCGGGGCCCGGCCCCCGCCCCCGCCCCCUGUACAUACUUUUUAAGACAUUUUUUUAGCGAAUGAAAUAUUGAAGUAUAAGAUUUCCUUUUAUUUUUCAAACCAACGGGACUGUGUCGGGGCGCGAGGCAGGCCAGGGCUGAAUGUGUGCGUGCCCGGGGGGUGCUGCCCCCCGGCUUCCGUGGGUCCCCAGCUCCCCUCCACUCAGUGAUGAGUUCCAGGGCGCCGAGGGCCACCGCAGGCCCCCGGCUGGCUGAGCCCACCUGGAUUGCUCUCGAUCGUUCCUGGCUCUUCUCUCCAUUCCUCUCUUCCCGCCCUCCCAGAGCCAGGGCUCGGCGCUUGGAGUCUUCAUGUGAACGGAGGGCUGUGGGGUUUUUGGUUUUGUUUUGGGGUUUUGUUUUUGUUCUUAAUUCUUAAUUCCCUCCCUUUGAGUGUUGCUUCCUCAUCUCUGGGUGCCCCCGCCACCCCCACCCUCAGCUCCCACCUGCCCUCGGCUGCAGCCACCCCACUGAGAGGCGGGGUCCCCUGGUGUCCACUUGUCAUGGGGGUGGGGUGUCAGGGCUGGCUGGGGCCCCAACACCACAGCCCCAGGUGGCCUGAGGGGGGGUGGACGCCCCAGCUAAAGCACAAGCACCUUAGUCGCACCCUCCCCCGGCUGAUCCCAAAGCACAAAAUCCUGCUCACUUGGCAGGCCGCGGGGCGGGCUGCGGAGUAGACACCCCCAAAAGAGGCAGGGGCUCCCCCCUCCCAGGCCUUAGCGGGGGCAGUGGGGGGGGUCCUCCUGCCCGUCCAGCCCUCCGAGCCCCUGCAGUGCCGGGCUGGGUGGGAGGCACAGCCCACUUGUCGUGGGGACCCCGGGGUGCUCCUGGCCCCAGGAUGCGGUGGAGGGUGCAGGGGAGGAAACUCCGUGCUAGGAGAGCCAAAGACAGGGUUGUGCCUUACCCCCGGAGCCACCCCUGCACCCACCCCCCGCCCCUCCCAGUGGCCAGCUGCGCCCCCCUUCUGAGCUGCAUGGUGCCCCCCUCCCUUCACACACACCCCCUCCCCCCCGGCAGCCAGGAAAGACUAAAAUGGAGAACCCCGUCUAGCCGACUGUAGGCCCUCCCCGCCUCGCUGGCCGCCCUCGCACCCAGCACCCACCUUCUCUUCCCUGGGCCAGGCUGCCCACCUGCCCGGGGAGUGCCAACACCCCCCUCCCGCCCUCCCCGCCCCGCGGCGCCAGUGAGAUUGCACAUUAACUACUGUAAGGAGAGGAGCGCGUUGGAAAUGUGAACCAGAGUCUCAGCGAUGCUGACCAGAAUAAACUAAACGCCUUUGUAACA